AUGCGAAAGGUAUUCAUGUCUAUAUCUAUCCUUGAUGGAACGUGGUGGCCAGACGUUCACGUUCCUGUAUCAAUUGCUGAGACUAGGAUUUCCAAAAGAUAUGAUGCUAUUCCUUGUGGAACACUAUAUCCAAAUGCUGACGAAAUUAAGUAUCUGCAAAGGCUUGUGAUUUACAAGGACUCAGCUAUUAUUGUGCUUAAUAAACCUCCAAAGUUGCCGGUUAAGGGGAGUUUACCAGUUCACAAUAGCAUGGACGCAUUGGCAGCUGCUGCACUGUCCUAUGAUUAUGAUGAGGGCCCUAAACUAGUUCACCGUCUUGACAGAGAGACCAGUGGCAUCCUUUUACUGGGGAGAACUAAAGAUAGUGCAUCUCAUCUCCAAUGGUUGUUCACUAACAUUAACAAUGCCAAAUCUUCUUGUAAGGCUUGGAAUGAUGCAUGUGAAGCUACGUAUCAGAGGUAUUGGGCAUUGGUCAUAGGGACUCCCAAAGAGAAGGAAGGCGUAAUUCAUGCUCCUCUUUCUAAGGUGCUUCUAAAUGAUGGGAAGACUGAGAGGAUAAUACUAGCUCACCAUUCAAGUGUAGAACCACGCCAAGAGGCUGUAACUGAGUAUCGGGUGCUUGGUCCAAAGAUAAAUGGAUGCUCGUGGGUGGAGCUACGUCCUCUUACUUACAGGAAACAUCAGUUGCGCGUCCAUUGCGCUGAAGCACUUGGCACACCAAUAGUGGGUGACUACAAGUAUGGCUGGUUUGUGCACAGCCGAUGGGAAACAAAUGCCGCGAAAUCGAUAUCGAGCCAACAACUGGAAAAACCAUUACAAGUUGCGUAGGCCAGAGGCCUUGAUGUUCAGAAGGGAAGUGUUUUAUCGAAGGUUCCUCUAUUGCAUCUUCACUGCAGAGCUGUUGCUCCCAACAUCGCUAAGUUUCUACAAGUUUUGAACAAUAGUUCAGAAGAACUACAGAGUUCAUUCAGCCAGCAGCCUGAUGUUCUUCGAUUUGUGGCAACAAUGCCAUCCCACAUGAGAAUUAGUUGGAAUCUUAUGUCAUCGUAUUUAGUCUGAACUUAAUUGCAUGAUGCAAUUUGUUAAUCAACUCAAGGGAAAAUAAAUGGUGGUCACUAGUAUUUAAUAGUUUAGGCAAAUGUAUACUUUGCUGUUCAAAAUUUCGGAUGUUACUACAUCAUAGGUUGAAGUCCAAGUACAUUGAAGUAACAUACUGAAACUUCUUUGAUUUGUCAAAGUUCUCUUUUUGACGACUUGAAUAUAUCUGCUUCAGUGUACU